UUAUAUUUUAUGCCCAUUUUUUUCAUGAUAAAAAUCCACAUUUUUCUUAAUAGUCCUAUAUUGCUUUCCUUAAUUAGCUUCAAUUGGGAGGUAGUGUAGUGGUUACCUGCAAUGGAUGUACGAGUGGAUUUUGAUGAUAUUGAAAUUGCAGAAGAUGCUGGUGAUUCAGAUAUUUCAGAGGAAUCACUCAUUACUGUUCCUGAUCCAAUUGUUGUGAAAGGUUCUGGUCACUUGACAGUAUUUGGUCUCAGCAAUCGAUUUGAGAAUGAGUUUCCUGGAGCUUUGAUAGGAAGAAUUGCUCCAGAAGAAUUCCGGGCCACAGUCAACAGAAUAAACUCAAUAUUAAAGAAAAUGGUUCCUCUAAAUUUCAAAUGGUUGAUUAUAGGAUGUCUAUGUUGCUGUUGUACGUUAGGCUGUUCUGUUUGUCCUGUCGUCUUCUUGAAUAAACGAUCAAAACUUGUCAUCAGAAAAGCAUUAGAUCAUGAAAAUAGGCAAUUAUAUCAUAAGCUUGGUCUUCAUUGGAAAUUAUCAAAGGAACGACAUAGUAACACUGCAAUGUUAGAAUAUGUUCUUUUGAUAGAAUUUAUACCUAAGAUUCCAGUUUAUCGUCCAGACUAAGUUCAUUUGCAAUCUGUACUUUUGUAAGAAGCUUACCUAAUGAAAAUGACAUUGAAAAUGACAGAGGAAUGAAAUUCCAUAAAAAUCAUAGUGGAUAAAGUAAGGAUGAUGGAUAAGAUACAAUACGUAAAGAUACAAUAAGAAGGAACUAUCUUACACACACAAUGUUGGGUACUCUCGUAGUGUGUGUACCAGGUUAGGGUUAGGCCAUAAUUUUAUUCCGAUUUACCUUAUUUUAGUUCUAUUACGAGUUUCGGGUACUGUCUGUGUUAGCCAAUGAUUAUAACCCCUGCCCAUAGGUUUCAGUCCCUUUACACAACUUGAUCUAAAAUAGGCGAGCAAAAUUAGUUAUCUCCAUAAUGGUACACACAUUCCUUGAGCGCCCAAUGUUAUACUUUGUUUAUUUUUACUACGUCCUCAUUUUCGUCUUAUUUUUGUUUUAUUAUAUUGUAGCGUCUGUGAAAGCUUGGUGUGGUUAUAAAUCUGAACUAAAAUUCUUGAGUUAUCUUUAUGUCAUUGAACUCUGUUGCUAUUAGUUACAUUCAUUCUUUUCAUUUGGCACAGUGAAAUUCUUGGUUGUUCAUUAUGAUGAAGAUUGAUUGCAUAUCUGCAUAUAUUGAUAUUUUAUGUUUCAAAUUUUUCUCAUUUUGAUUAAUACUUAUUAAUAGUACUCUAAUUCUAAUAUAUCCUGCAAGAAGCAAAUUUAGUAGGAGGAGUUUCUAUAUCUAAAUGUUCAAAAUUUAUUUCGAGUAAUCGGGGUAGAUCAUUGAGAAGCAAAAUUGUGGCCAAUGUCAAUUUUUUUCUUGUAUUCAUUUCAGUAACGGCAGAUAAAAUUAAUAAAACUAAAAAACAGUCAUUUCGUAAUUCGAUCGCUUAUAUGACAAUCCUGUAACUAUUUCUAAAAAGAAGAAAAGGUCGUUCCUCUUGCAUAGUUAAAUAAAUCAUAUCGCUACAGUUUUCCGAAUUAUUAAUAAACUGUUUUCCUCAUUUGUUUAUUUUCAUAAUCAAAUUUUAACCUCUUUCUUUAAUUUGAACGUAUUAAUAUUGCUGUGGCACCUCCUUUUUCAUUAUUUUUUUCAUCUUCAUUAUGUUUUUGAUGGGAAUUUCAACUAUAAGUUUCACAGGUUUCAAUUGAGUUUAUCGUGACUUUGUCAAAGUGAAAAUACCUUUAAUAUCCAGCAUUAUUUUACUAUAAUAUCUCCUGGAUUAAGACCACCCGAAUGCUUGGUAAGAGAAUUUUCCUCUUUUUUUUUCUGUCCCGUAGGUUGGUAGAGAUAGAUUUCUUUCAAUUCUAUUUUCUGGAAUAUGCUUGAAUUUUAUUUUUAUCCUUUACUGAACCUGCGGAAAAUUCACCAACAUUUGCUAGUAAUUGAAAUGGGAUUUUAUUCCAAACUUUGUCUCCAAUAGAUUUAUGCUCUGUCUGCAUAUCUGUGUUCACUUGAUUCAAGUACUAAAAUUCAUUAAAAGAUGUCAGCCAUUUUUGUUGCGAUUUUUUUUACCUGAAUAUGGUUCGUAUCUCAGUUGGCAUCUUUGUUGGGUAAGGAGUACUCUUCACUAUGAGUACCCACUAUUGUACCAAAUUUUAAUAAUUUGUGUUGAUCGUAAUUAAUUUUUUACUAUGAGGUUUGGCAUAAAUUAUGAUUUCUUAGCAAAAAUAGAAAGGAAAUUUUAAUAAUUUGAAUUUCUAAGAAGACAUUUUGCUUCUAACGGCACAAAAUUUAAUCCAAGCGGAAAUGUUGCGUAGAUCUCGUAUAACAGCUAACAUUGUUUAAUGAAUAUUGCUUAAAAGAUAUAACCUUAGGACACUGUGCUUACUCAUCUCCAUCCCAUCAUCACUGUUUUUAUGGUACGCAAAAAUCCUUAAUAUUUUGUAUUAAGAACUAACUCCAUAUCCUGAAAUAACAUUAUUUUGUAAUUUUAGAAAUAACUCAGAAAAUUUGGCUUACUGGUAGUGGUACUUUCUAAAACAAACUGUUACAGCUGAACUAAUAAGUACUUUUUCAUUUGCCUACCUGACUAAAUCAAUUCAAGAUUUCAUUAAGUUACAUACAAAAUUAAAAAGGUUAAGGUUGUUAGAUUAGUAUUUUAUUAUUCACAUAUAAUUGUUUUAAUGCUGUGAAGCGUGAAGACACUCAAUGGAGUUUUCAUGUCUUUGUGUUCUCAAAAAUAAAUCAUAACAGUAACAUCAAUAACGAGCGUAAUAAACUUUUGAUAUGCCCACUUUACAAAGAUUGUUACAAUGAUUUGUCCCUUCAUAAACCUUUGACCAAUUUUAUAUAUUUCAAUUCACAUUCUUUUAUUAGGCCUCUUUCAAUUGCUGAGAAGAAAUCAUACUCACAAAAUCACCCCCCCCCCCUCCCAAAAAAAGACAAUGGAUGGUCAGAGUCUAAUUUUGUCUGGAUGAUAAAUUUAAUAGGGUAAAUUUUUAUAUGUGCGGAACCUUCCAUGACAUAUUUUUGGUUGGUUUUCUGUGAGUGGAUUUCCUAUAGCACUAUGAUAAAAACUCUGCUUUCAUCUUCUGGAUUGCUUAUUACAAAACUGAAGGCGUGCGAAUUACUAUUUUGAUCAUUUUCUUUUCUGGUCCUGUUUACUUCAUUUGUUUAUAUUGGUCUCUCUCGUCUGCAUUUAUAUUCUUCUGUUUGACACAAUUUUGAUACCUUUGCCAAUACUCAUAAUUGAAAUUCGAGAAAUAUUGAAUUUAACCUCUGUUAGAGUAUCGUUAACUCAAGUAAAAUUCCUCCUGCUGUAUCUCUGAUUGUAGAGUGAUUUUGUACAAAUACGUUUUUUGUUCGGCUUACCACCUGUUAGCCUCGUUGAACUCCUUCAAAUUAUUCCUUACGGUCACUGUUUAGGUUAAUUAAAAAAUAGGCAUUCGGUGUAGAUGUGGUUCAUAACAGGGUGGCACCCAAAUUGAUGUUGAUAAAUAUGGGAACCUAUUGGUCUCUUCAAAACCCUGGUCUCCAUCUAUAUGUCGAAUGUACGUUAUUUUCGUUCUUCUCUUGGAAUGAAAUCUUUGUUCGCACCUGUAUUUUGAUGUUUUAUUUUUUUUUUUUUUAAAUAAAUUAUUGAAUUUUUUCAUA